AUGUUCAGUCUUUGUAUGGUGGAAAGUGGAGCUGAUGAGGUGAAUUUACAUGGUGUGACCAGUCUUGGCUUAAAGCAGGCUCUGGAGUUUGCAUACACAGGACAGAUUUUGUUGGAGCCAGGCGUGAUCCAGGAUGUGCUAGCAGCUGGCAGUCAUCUACAGCUGUUGGAGCUUCUCAAUUUAUGUUCCCAUUAUCUCAUCCAGGAAUUAAAUAGCUUUAAUUACUUGGAUCUGUACAGACUUGCUGACCUCUUUAACCUCACUUUGCUGGAGAAAGCGGUGAUUGAUUUCUUAGUGAAACACCUCUCUGAACUCCUGAAGAGCCGCCCAGAAGAUGUUCUCACGCUACCUUACUGCCUGCUCCAGGAAGUCCUGAAGAGCGACCGCCUGACCUCCCUGAGUGAAGAGCAGAUCUGGCAGCUAGCCGUGAGGUGGUUGGAACACAACUGCCAUUUCCAGUACAUGGACGAGCUCUUGCAGUACAUUCGCUUUGGCCUCAUGGAUGUGGAUACUCUCCACACAGUUGCCCUGUCUCACCCCCUCGUCCAAGCAAGCGAGACCGCCACAGCCCUGGUCAACGAGGCCCUGGAGUACCAUCAGAGCAUCUAUGCCCAGCCCGUCUGGCAGACUCGCAGGACCAAACCACGGUUCCAGUCAGACACUCUGUACAUCAUCGGUGGGAAAAAACGUGAGGUCUGUAAAGUCAAGGAACUUCGGUACUUCAAUCCUGUUGAUCAGGAGAAUGCUCUCAUAGCUGCCAUUGCCAACUGGAGUGAGCUGGCUCCCAUGCCCGUGGGAAGGAGCCACCAUUGCGUGGCAGUCAUGGGGGACUUCCUGUUUGUGGCAGGAGGGGAAGUCGAGCAUGCCAGUGGCCGGACAUGUGCCGUGAGGACUGCCUGUCGCUAUGACCCCCGCAGUAAUUCCUGGGCAGAGAUCGCACCCAUGAAAAACUGCCGGGAGCAUUUCGUGCUGGGUGCCAUGGAUGAAUACCUCUAUGCGGUUGGGGGCAGAAAUGAACUGCGCCAGGUUCUGCCUACAGUGGAGCGAUAUUGCCCCAAGAAGAACAAAUGGACUUUUGUUCAGUCCUUUGAUCGAUCCCUGUCGUGUCAUGCUGGAUAUGUGGCUGAUGGUCUUCUAUGGAUAUCAGGUGGAGUAACUAACACGGCACAGUAUCAGAACAGGCUAAUGGUAUAUGAACCUAACCAGAAUAAGUGGAUAAGCCGCAGCCCCAUGCUACAGAGGAGGGUCUACCAUUCCAUGGCUGCUGUCCAGAGGAAGCUUUAUGUUCUUGGAGGCAAUGACCUAGACUACAAUAAUGACCGGAUCCUUGUACGCCACAUAGAUUCUUACAACAUAGAUACUGACCAGUGGACGCGUUGUAAUUUCAACCUGUUGACUGGCCAAAAUGAAUCUGGAGUUGCUGUCCAUAAUGGGAGAAUAUAUUUAGUUGGUGGAUAUUCAAUUUGGACAAAUGAGCCUCUGGCUUGUAUCCAGGUAUUGGAUGUCAGCAGAGAAGGCAAAGAAGAAGUGUUCUAUGGACCUACACUCCCUUUUGCUUCCAAUGGAAUAGCAGCAUGCUUCCUCCCAGCUCCGUAUUUCACAUGUCCCAACCUUCAGACUCUUCAAGUGCCUCAUCACAGGAUUGGCACCAUCUGAAAAGCCAAUGCUCUGUAAUCACCAUCAUGAACGGGAGGAAAAAUAUAGCCCUGACUUUUGGAUACUGGGCAUGAAAAGACUCAGUGCUCAAUGCUUGUCUUGUUUUAUAGGUCUUACAUUCAGAUAAAUAUUAUCCCCAAAAUGAACAAUUUUCUAAAACACAUUACUGAAAACUCUUGUCACUCUUCUCAGUGUAUGUCAACAUACAAUACAAUAUGUAUGACUUUUAUUGUGGUUUAGCUUAGUGCCAACUUAAUGGUACAUUAUUGUUCCAUGGGUCUUUAAAAGCAGUCUUUGCACACUUUUUCUAAUCAGCACCAUCUAGAACAUGACACUGUUAGUGAGGCAAUUUUCUUUACACAAUGGCAUCAAUGAUCUUAUUUAAAAAAAAAAAAAGCUCCCGUACCUAAUCCCUUUACUACUUAAACUUGGGCUUGUAAUUUUUCUUUUUAAAAUUUAACAUUAUGCAGCCCUGCUCAGUGGAGACUCAGCAUUAUGACAUUAUAAAUUUUUAAAUGCCAUAUUUUAUUCAAGGUGAUACGAAUGAUAGAAGUACACUGGAACAGCAAUUGGAAUACCCAGAUUUUUCACUGGGUUCCUCUGACCUUGGGUCAGAACCUAACUUUACAAUGCUUGUUUUUUCACCUUUUUAAGCUGCAUAAUUACUGACUUCCAUAUUAAUUCAAAAGAGCAUUGUGAGGAUUAAACAAAUGCCUUGAAAUACUUUACCCAAGAGAAAAAAAAGUCGCAUUACAAGGUAUUUGACUGCAUUGGGAACACUGUCACUGAACAGGGAUUAUUUUCGAAGUUUAAAAAUUACUUGAUAAAACUUGGAAAACAUGUUAUGGGAUAAAUGAUUCGGAAAAGCAUUUGAAAGAGACACACUAAUUAGAAAAUAGGAAGUUUACUAAUACCAAAGAUAAAUAAACUCAUACAAAUCCUUGCCUCAAUUAACUCUCUCAAAUGUCUCAUUUAAAAUCAUUUAGUGAAAAAUGACAUUUUAAAGCUAAAAAAAGUUUACUUGUACUAAUUAUAGUACCAUAAAGUGCUGUGACAUAAAUUUGAACCCAGAAUUGGCAGUUCUAAUAAAAGUUUUUCCAUUUUGUUAAAGGUUAUGUCAAUCUCAAGUGCUUGUGGGAUUCUUCUCCACCACCAAUACAUAUUUUAUUACUCCCACUUUUAAUAAUGCAUAAGAAUUCUUUUUUGGGCUAAGUUUUUGGGUUUGCUUUGUCUAUAACAAAAAAAUAAAUAAAACAACUUAAUAAUCACAUUUGAACAAAAUUCAA